AUGAAAGAACAAUUACAUAAUAAAUCUCAUACUAGAUCUACGCAUAUCGAACUUGACUGCCUCCAAGUAUGAAACCCUACGAAGACUUCUCCAUAUAAAAGAAGGAUUUUUGGAAAUAAUAGGAGUCAGAAUCAGAGAUGGGCCAGUCCUGAUCAAAGCAAAAUUAUACACAGAGAAUUUAACUAUCCUCAAUAUCCUUUAAGAGACAAGAAGAGUGUCAUGAAUUUUAGGUUGGGAAAGAUCUGAAACCAAGAACUUUCUUUGCAGAAUUUAUACACAGGAUACAAACCUUCAGACCCUGAAGGAAUAGGGUGCAUACCAUUCGAUCAAAUAAUGAACUCAAAACUUGACCCUGAGAAGACAUUAGAAGACUUGAUGGUUAGAGAGAAAAAGUUUAUUUCUCCAAAGAUUACUCAAGAGUAUAAAUAGAACAAAUAGACAGAAAAAGGUGAUAAAAAUGAAUAAAAUAGAAAAUAUGCGUGGUACUAAUCCAAGGAAAUAUCCCAUUUCAAAGAAAUUCUCUGGUAUUUUCACUUUUCACCUUUGAUAGGAAGUGUGAAAAGUAUUUCAGAAAAUUUCUUUGUUAAAAAGCAAACUGAAGACAAAAAAAAUAAUAAUCUAUGAAGCAUUAUUGAUAAUAAAAACAAGCAACUUGCUGAUCUGAAAUUCAAUUACAAUUCCUUCAAUGCCAAAAGCUUAAAGUCAAACGUAUUGAAAAAGAGAAAUAAUUCAAAACGAAAAAUUAUUAGUAAUAGCCCUUCAAGAACAGAAAAUCGGGUGAAAUUUAACAUAAAGCUUCCAAUAGACUCAAAAAUUGUUGGGGUCCUUCCUUCUUCAGAGAAACAUAAAGCUCUAGCUAAAAAGUCAUUACAGAACAGAGCUCAUAGACAUGUAGCUUUCCUUGUAUAACUUUAGAACACUCGUAGUCUUCAUGAAUCUUUUAAAUAAAGUUGUGUACAAUGGAGUGGAGAUUAUAGACUACACAGACCUUUAUGAGCUACUUAAUUUUAAUAAAGAAACUCCCAGAAUGAAUCUAGCUUUGUUGAGCAAGUUCAACAAUAGAAAUUUCUUCUCUGAAAGAAAUAAAUUUGAGAACCUUCUUCAACAAAAGACAACUCCCUCUGCUAAAGAGAAGAAAAAUCUGAAUAAAAUUGAUGAUGAGUUUUAUAAGGAAUUACAAAAGCAUCAAGUAGUGAAGAACAGAUGGGAAAGCAGACUAGGAGACAAGCUCUUACUGAUAGAGAAGAUGGAUUCUUAUGAACCUCAUAAGAGAGAAAUGAGUUUGCGGAAA